UGAUGGGAGCAGAGGGAGAAGGUGGAGCAGGAGGAGGUGGAUGAACAGCUGCAGCUCCUUGCACAGGGCUAGGAGGAGGUGCUUGUAGCAGUGACAAGCUGGCAGCCCAGACUCUGCUGCCUCACGGCUCCUCCAGCCUCCCUCUGCCCGGCAACUUUUACUCCUAACAAAGCAGCAGGCAUUGAUGGCAGGCGCUGGAAGUCCUGCCAGGAGUCUGGAUUGAAGGAGUGAUCUGAGGCACAAAGGCAGAGGCAGAAUCCCUUCUUCUUCCUCUAGUUCUGUGAUCCCUACUGAUUGUUUUAUUUCCUCUCUCUCUGUAACUGAAGGUCUGUCUGUUCCAGGGUCCUGAGAGAAAGAGAGAGAGAAUCCUUAACAAAGCAUCAGUGUAUACUUUUCCUCUCCAGAAGUAAGAGGAUGGCAGUGAGGUCCAGGAGACCAUGGAUGAGUGUGGUAGUGGGGUUGAUCCUUGGAUUUACAGCAGCGUCUUGGCUGGUCGCCCCCAAAGUAGCAGAGAUGAGCGAGAAGAAGAGAAGGUCCAACGUUUGCUCCUAUUACAGCCGUGGAGGGGACAGGGCACAAGGUCCACCUGGUGGGAUGAGGACUGUUGAGAGGGGUGACCCAUGGCCAGGGAAGGGCUUCGUGCCAAACAGCAGCCCGGCCACUGGAACUGAAGAUGAAGAAGAGAUGAAGAAAAUGAAAGAGAGCAGGAACAAUACAAGCAGUCACAGGGGGAACCACAAUGGUAGUGGGGAUUGGGGUCCCCCAGAAGAAUCCCCAAGAAAUUUUCUCUAUGUUGGGGUCAUGACAGCAAAGAAGUAUCUGGAUACCAGAGCCGUUGCUGCCUAUAGAACAUGGGCUCGUUAUAUCCCUGGCAAAGUGGAGUUUUUCUCCAGUGAGGGCUCUGAGGAUGUCGUGCUCCCAGAGCCAAUGCCAGUCAUUUCUCUGGCUGGGGUGGACGACUCUUACCCUCCACAAAAGAAAUCCUUUAUGAUGAUCAAGCACAUGCAUGAUAACUACCUGGACAAGUAUGAGUGGUUCAUGAGAGCAGAUGAUGAUGUGUACAUCAAAGGGGACAAACUGGAGGCAUUUUUGAGGUCACUGAACAGCAGCAAACCCCUUUACCUAGGGCAAACUGGUUUGGGGAAUAUUGAAGAACUUGGGAAAUUGGGACUGGAACCUGGAGAGAACUUCUGCAUGGGAGGUCCGGGGAUGAUCUUUAGCAGAGAAGUGUUGAAAAGAAUGGUUCCGCACAUUGGUAAAUGCCUUCAUGAGAUGUAUACAACUCAUGAGGAUGUCGAAGUGGGCAGAUGUGUUCGGCGUUUUGGUGGAACUCAGUGCGUCUGGUCAUACGAGAUGCAGCAAUUGUUUCAUGAAAAUUAUGAACACAACAGGAAAGGAUAUAUACAAGAUCUGCAUAACAGCAAAAUUCAUACAGCUAUAACAUUACACCCUAACAAAAGACCAGCAUAUCAGUACCGUCUGCAUAAUUAUAUACUGAGUCGGAAAAUUUCUGAAUUACGGUAUCACACAAUUCAGCUUCACAGAGAACGUGUUCUGAUGAGCAAGUUGAGUAACACUGAGAUAAGCAAAGAAGAUCAACAACUCGGUAUGGUGCCAUCUUUCAACAGAUUUCAGCCACGGGAACGAAAUGAAGUAAUUGAAUGGGAUUUUCUAACUGGAAAACAUAUUUAUUCUAUGUCUGCAAAUGCUCCUCCAUGUCAGAGUCUCAACAACCUUCUAAAGGCUUCCUUAGAUGACACUGUGAUGCAAGUAAUGGAAAUGGUCAAUGAAAAUUCCAAAUCCAGAGGAAGACUGAUUGAUUUUAAAGAAAUCCAGUAUGGGUACCGCCGAAUUCAUCCUAUGUAUGGAGUAGAGUAUAUAUUAGAUUUGUUGCUUUUGUACAAAAGGCAUAAGGGAAGAAAACUCACUGUGCCCGUUAGACGACAUGCCUACCUUCAGCAGUCAUUUAGUAAGCCUUUUAUCAAAGAAGAAGAAGAACUGGAUGUGCAAAGCUUUUUGCAAAGUAUAAAUAAUGAUGCCCAAUCUUUUUCUUUUUUUUCCAAUUCACUAAAAAUGUUUUCGUCGAUACAUGUCACUAAGGAAAUGAAAGAAAACAAUGACAAAAAGAUACAUUUUCUCGUCCCUCUGACUGGAAGGUAUGACAUUUUUACAAGAUUCAUGGAAAACUUUGAAAAGAUCUGUUUGAUUCCAAAGCAAAAUAUAAAGCUGGUUGUUAUCCUAUCUGUUUCUGAUCCAGGUGCUGAUUCAGAUAAGCACAUUGAGUUAAUGACAGCCUACCAAAAUAAAUAUCCACAAGCUGAAAUGAAUAUAAUAACCAUAUCUGGACAAUUUUCCAGAGGGUUGAGUCUCGAUAAAGGCUCUUCUCAAUUUGAUAAUGACACAUUACUGCUCUUUUGCGAUGUUGACCUAAUGUUCACAUCAGACUUUCUUCAAAGGUGUAGAGAUAAUACUAUACAAGGACAACAAGUCUACUAUCCAAUUGUAUUCAGCCAGUAUGAUCCAAAAGUAACAUAUGGAGAAAACCCUCCCACAGACAACAACUUCAUUUUCACAAAGAAAACUGGGUUUUGGAGAGACUACGGAUUUGGAAUCACUUGUGUUUAUAAAAGUGAUCUCCUAAAUAUAGGUGGCUUUGAUACCUCUAUCCAAGGUUGGGGAUUAGAAGACGUAGACCUAUUUACUAAAGUAUUAUCAUCGGGUCUUAAAGCUUUUCGGAGUCAAGAAACUGGGGUAGUCCAUGUUUUUCAUCCAGUGCAAUGUGACCCAAAUUUAAAUCCUAAGCAAUACAAGAUGUGCUUAGGUUCCAAAGCUAGUACAUUUGCAUCUGCUGCUCAGUUAGCUGAAAUAUGGUUAGAGAAACAUUUAGGUGGUGAAUAUAACCGAACUCACUCCUGACAUGUCAAUUCAUCCUGCCUUCAAGGGGACAUUCCCUCAUAUUUUAAUUUUGCUAUUGUUCAUAAACUCUAUGUCUUCCAAAGGAUAUUUGUUGAUCAAAAAGACAAAACGCAAUCUACUAGUUACUGGUAUUUUUGUUUCCUACUGAGGUUGGGAUUGAUGUUUCACAUUUCUCUAUUUGGAUAUUACAAAUACAUGAUUUUUUUUUUUUUUUUUUAGGAGCACAUUUUUGAAUUCCCAACCCAAUAAAUCUAUUUUAAGGGUGGUAGGAUGCAACAUUAGUCAUUAUCAUAUUUGCUAGUGACACAGAAUCAGUAUUUACUGGCGAAGGUACCACAAAAGUGCAUUAUGCUUCCCUUGGGGAAGAGACUUGAAUUUUUUUAUUUAUAUGAAGACUUAAAUAAAUAUAUAUAUAUAUAU